GACUCUCCAGUGCGCUCUCUACAUGCAAACCCCUAGCAGGAUACCCAUUCGACAGCAGAAGACGGUGCGAGCUCUCUAAUUCCAGCCCAGGCUGUUCUUUCUACACCGAGCCGGCACAAUGGGAAGUAAAGGACACUACAAAUACCACUGGCAAAGCCAUAAUGUGAAGCACAGUGGAGUCGAUGAUAUGGUCCUUUUGUCAAAAAUUACAGAAGACUCUAUAGUAGAAAACUUGAAAAAACGGUACAUGGAUGACUUUAUCUUUACAUAUAUUGGACCAGUUUUGAUAUCUGUCAACCCAUUCAAGCAGAUGCCUUACUUUGGAGAGAAAGAAAUUGAAAUGUAUCAAGGAGCUGCUCAGUAUGAAAAUCCACCACAUAUCUAUGCGUUGGCUGACAAUAUGUACAGAAACAUGAUUAUUGACCGGGAAAACCAAUGUGUCAUUAUAAGUGGAGAAAGUGGAGCAGGUAAGACGGUGGCUGCUAAGUACAUCAUGGGCUACAUUUCAAAGGUUUCAGGAGGAGGUCCAAAAGUACAGCAUGUUAAGGAUAUCAUUCUUCAAUCAAACCCUUUACUAGAAGCCUUUGGGAAUGCAAAGACAGUGAGGAAUAACAACUCCAGCCGGUUUGGAAAGUACUUUGAAAUUCAGUUUAGCCCAGGGGGUGAGCCAGAUGGAGGAAAAAUUUCCAACUUUUUGCUGGAAAAAUCUCGUGUGGUGAUGAGAAACGAAGGAGAACGGAGUUUUCAUAUUUUUUACCAGAUGAUUGAAGGUGCUUCUAAAGAACAAAGGAAUACUCUUGGGAUCACAAGCUUAGAUUAUUAUUACUACCUUAGCCAAUCCGGUUCCUACAAAGUAGAUGAUAUUAAUGACAAGAGAGACUUUCAAGAAACCAUGCACGCAAUGAGUGUGAUUGGGAUUUUCCCUGAGGAACAAGCAAUGGUUCUUCAGAUAGUGGCUGGGAUUCUGCAUCUUGGAAACAUCAACUUCAAGGAGAAAGGCAACUAUGCAGCAGUGGAAAGCGAAGAGUUUUUAGCCUUCCCUUCAUUUCUUCUGGGCAUAAAUGAAAGCCGUCUGAAGGAUAAGCUGACGAGCAGGCAGAUGGACAGCAAGUGGGGUGGCAAGUCUGAGUCUAUUAAUGUGACACUGAAUGUAGAACAAGCCUGCUAUACAAGAGAUGCUCUGGCCAAAGCCCUUCACUCUCGUGUCUUCGAUUACCUUGUGGAUUCUAUUAACAAAGCUAUGGAAAAGGAUCAUGAGGAAUAUAAUAUCGGCGUUUUGGAUAUCUACGGCUUUGAAAUAUUUCAGAAAAACGGCUUUGAACAGUUCUGCAUCAAUUUUGUCAACGAGAAGCUGCAACAAAUAUUCAUAGAGCUAACUUUGAAAGCAGAGCAGGAAGAAUAUGUUCAAGAAGGAAUCCGAUGGACACCAAUUGAUUACUUCAACAACAAAAUUGUAUGCGACCUUAUUGAGAACAAAGUGAAUCCUCCAGGAGUGAUGAGUAUUUUGGAUGAUGUGUGUGCUACAAUGCAUGCAGUUGGAGAAGGUGCUGAUCAGACACUUCUUCAGAAACUCCAAAUGGCUGUUGGAACCCAUGAGCACUUUAACAGUUGGAAUCAAGGUUUUAUCAUUCACCAUUAUGCUGGAAAGGUGUCAUAUGAUAUGGAUGGUUUCUGUGAGCGGAAUCGAGAUGUACUCUUCACAGACCUCAUUGAGUUAAUGCAGAGUAGUCAGCUGCCUUUUAUAAAAGCCUUAUUUUCUGAAAACCUGCAAGCUGAAAAGAAGGGACGUCCUACAACCGCCAGCAGUAAGAUCAAGAAACAAGCAAAUGACCUUGUCAACACCCUGAUGAAAUGUACACCUCACUACAUUCGAUGUAUCAAACCCAACGAAACCAAGAAACCCAGAGACUGGGAGGAGAGUAGGGUCAAACAUCAGGUUGAAUAUCUGGGUCUGAAGGAAAACAUCCGUGUGCGUCGAGCAGGAUAUGCUUACAGGAGGGUGUUCAAGAAAUUCCUACAAAGAUAUGCCAUCUUGACCAAAGAAACUUGGCCUUCAUGGAGAGGAGAUGAAAAGCAGGGAGUCCUUCACUUACUGCAUUCUGUAAACAUGGAGUCUGAUCAGUUCCAACUUGGCAAAACAAAAGUCUUCAUCAAAGCUCCAGAGUCGUUGUUUCUUCUGGAGGAGAUGAGAGAAAGGAAGUAUGAUGGCUAUGCAAGAACCAUUCAGAAAGCCUGGAGGAAGUAUGUGGCCAGGAAGAAAUAUGUGCAGAUGAGAGAGGAAGCAUCUGACCUGUUCCUUAAUAAGAAAGAAAGAAGACGCAACAGCAUCAACAGAAACUUUAUUGGGGAUUAUAUUGGAAUGGAAGAACGCCCAGAACUUCGCCAGUUUCUAGGAAAACGAGAGAAAGUUGAUUUUGCAGACACUGUCACAAAAUAUGACAGGAGAUCUAAGGGUAUAAAAAGGGAUCUUAUUUUAACUCCAAAAUAUGUGUACUUGAUUGGACGUGAAAAAAUUAAACAAGGGCCAGAGAAGGGAAUGGUCAAGGAAGUAGUGAAAAGGAAGAUUGAGGUGGAACGGAUACUUUCAGUAACACUAAGCACGAUGCAAGAUGAUUUUUUUAUUCUUCAUGAACAAGAGUAUGACAGUCUAUUGGAGUCGCUCUUCAAAACCGAAUUUAUAAGCCUUUUAUCCAAGCACUAUGAGGAGAAGACACAACGAAAACUACCUCUGAAGUUUAACAAUACACUUGAUAUGAAGUUAAAAAAAGAAAAUUGGGGUCCUUGGAGUGGAGGAAGCGGAUCCCGACAAGUGCAGUUUGUGCAAGGAUUUGGAGAUGUAGCAAUACUGAAACACAGUAACAAGGUGCUGCAAGUCAGCAUUGGCCCAGGCCUGCCAAAAAACUCCAGACCAACAAGACGAAACAUUAUUGAUGGACGAGCUAAUGCAAACAUGUCAAAAUCAUACCCAAGCAGAGCUGCGCCACCACCUCCAGGGUCUCAUCAAAAUGGGAUAAUACAGAUGCAGAACUCUCAGUACGGGUACCAGCACCCUAGAGCAGCAAAGCAAUUUAAUUCUAGAACAUCAGACCACCCAUCUUUACCACGGCAGGUCGUAGGAUCUUCAGUCAAGAAUCCACGCCACCAACCACAGAGUCUGGACUUCCUCAAAGUGCCAGACCAGGGUGUUGCAGGGGUGCGUCGGCAAACUACAAACAGACCCCCACCAGGAGGAGGAAGGCCGAAACCUCAGCCGAGGCCAAAGCCCCAGGUACCACAGUGUAAAGCGCUGUAUGCAUAUGACGCUCAGGACACAGAUGAGCUAAGCUUCAAUGCCAAUGACAUCAUCGACAUUAUCAAAGAAGAUAUCUCAGGCUGGUGGACAGGCAGGUUACGUGGCAAACAAGGACUUUUCCCCAACAAUUAUGUCACCAAAAUAUAAAUGGAUUGAAAGGAACCAACGUUGAUGCAAUGGACCAUUACCCUCUACAUUUAUGCAAUUUUCCUGUAACCUCAAAAAAGAAGUGCCUCAUCCUGCAACAUCUUUACUUGAGAAGCCCAAACCAAAAACAAACUGCUCUGUAUACUGUUAAGGAAGCCAUGCUCCAGAAACACAAGAGGACACCAAAGCACUGAACUUAUUUAUUGCCUUUAAUGCUUUUUUUUUUGCCCCCCACACUUUCCCCGUCGACGGCCUGCCAUGCAAUGCAGAGCAAUGUUUGGCAAUCCUGUCUGGCAAUGACAUUUACGUGCCUGGCAGCUCUAGACUAAAACAUUACAUGUGCUUCCCCCCAUAAAAAAAAAUUAAA